AUGUCCAUUUAUCCACCUACUCGUCAGCCUAUACAUGCUCUGAAUGGUAUCGGCGACAUGAGCGAUGGUGCAGGAACCAUCGAUCCUGCAGCUUUGAACGCUAGUGGUGGAUUGAUACCGUCAUCAGCUGAAUCAGGCCCGCGCGGCAUCAAACGAAGCAGAUCUCCCGAACAAUAUGGCGAAUAUCAUCCAGGCGACGACGAUGGCCCGCGCAAACGUGGUCGACCAUCGAAAACACCCCGAACGUCUGCAGACUUUACUGCCAACCUCGACGCUCUCCCAACACCCUCCAGCCAAACCUCACCAGAGCUGAACCAAACGCCCAGAAAUCAAGGAGGCCCACAGCUACCAGUCUCCACGCCGGUGCAAGCAUCACCGCCACGGACCCUUCCUAAAUCGACCAUAAAGGCGCUGCCGACGGUGAGGGACCAUACGAGCGAUGUGCUGCAACCCGAAGGAGAUGAAUACAUGCCGCGGGAGUACGACGAGGCGGGCGAGAAAAAGGUAGACCAACUGGGCUACCUCCAAGGUGGACGGGAAUACAAGAUCAGGACAUUUACCCUUCCUGGGAGAGGGCAAAAGCUGUUUAUGUUGGCAACCGAAUGCGCGCGCCAACUUCAAUACCGGGAUUCCUAUCUUCUCUUCAACAAGAACCGGUCUCUCUUCAAGAUCAUUGCCAGCGUCAAGGAGAAGGAAGAACUUGUUAACCGCGAGAUCCUACCUUAUUCCUACCGGUCGCGCCAGAUUGCUGUGGUAACGGCGCGCUCGAUGUUUCGUCAAUUCGGCAGUCGUGUCAUUAAAGACGGUCGAAGAGUUCGAGACGAUUACUGGGAAGCCAAAGCUAUCAAGCAAGGAUUCACCGAACAGGAUGCUGCCGGCGAGAAGCGGCCUGGAGCCGCAAGAGCCAGAGAAGCGGCAGCCCAGGACCAGUUGAACGCUCGCGCUAACGUCGCGGCGGCCUACGGCGACAUCGUCUACAGCAAUGGCCCAGGCUACGGAGCUGUGCAGCCGCCAGCUCUUCAUUCCGGGAUUGCAUCAACCAUGGCGCAACUGGCUUCCUUCGAUCCUGCUUACGAGUCGAGGUACAAAGAUAUUGUGCGACCAAGGCACGACAUAACAGGCCCCCCAUAUCAAGACCUCACUAGAUCAAGUUCUGACGUGGAAUUGGCCAGCCAAGCCAGUCAUGCCGCUGAAUACAGCAAGACCAUCAAUCAACAAAAUCGAUACAGGCGUGGGCUUGUCGAAGACUACUGGCGUCGACCACAUGAGCCGCCUGUGUCAACACCCCCUCCUGCAGAAGCUGAAGUUGCAACGACGACUCAUCCGUUCUCGUCUCCCCGAUUCAACACGAGCGACGUCCCAUCUACUCAGCCCAAUUCAAUGUCGCAUCCUUCUCAAUCUUUACCCCCGUCGAUGAAUCCUCCCUCUUUUCCACACCAGCAGCCUCCUAUUCAGUCACCCGUCCGCCAACCAAAUCUACAGCAGCCUUUUUCGCGCGAAUCAUCUCAGUACACCCCUCAACACCCAGGUUAUCAAAGAUCGUCUUCGAGUCUCUCCAUCUCGCAACCCGGCUCUCAACAACAACCAUUGCCUUUUGGGGGCGCCGGAUUUCCUCAUGCUCUCAGCGCACAACAGCAGCAGCCGCAGCAGCCGCAGCCGCAGUCGCAGCAACAGCAACAGCAACAGCAACAAAGCUGGGGAGCUCCUCCACCGCAGCCUCACCAGUCGCCAGCUGUUCAUCGCAUGACUACGCCUCAGUUCUCGCCUAGCUUAGCACAGGGGCAAAUUCCUUCGCCUUUACCCGGCGGCGCACAUGCUAGUCCGUCUCCUCAUCCGCAACAGAUGCAGCCACCACAGAUGCCAUUGCUCCACCAUCAAGGGAGUUCUGGUGGAAUUGGAGGACAGCAGCUUUAUGGACCUGGAGCAGGACUGCAGGCAAUCAAUGCCGCUGCAGGAUAUGGGGCUCUCGGUAUGGGUCAGAGAGGCAUUUACCCCAUGAGCGGACAAAACCAGUUUAUGCAACCUAACCCGCAACAUGGACAAGGAUGGCCUGGCCCUCAGAGCCAAGGCCAGGGCAGUGGACAAUGGAGCCAAGGGUUUCAGUAG